AUGUGUUAUUCCCCAUCUUCACAGCAGACAGAAGGCAGAUGCCUCUGUGUCAGGCAGGCAUGAAGGCAGUUGCUGUAACUUUCUGUGUCCUCUGCUUUCAGUUUGAAGCCCUGUAUGGAGUUGACAGCUGCUCAUCAUGUGCAUGCAAAAAUAUAGAUCAGGCCCAUAUCUCUGACGCCGACGUGAUGGUGGAAUUUGAAAAUGGAAACUUCCAUUUCACAUUCCCCAACCCCAAAAAUGUGAGUGAAUUCAGCAUGACCCUCUUCAAAGGGCGUGAAAAGACGGAAAUCUGUGCACUUCAUUUGAGCAAGGAGAAAGUUAUCUCCGAGAGUAAUGUCACCUACUGUCAGACACAGAAUUCAAGUAACAGCACCACUUUCAUUCUUAAAAAUCUGGCAAGAAAACAUAUGGACGUUUACACAUACUGUCUGGAGAUAUUCUUACCCCCUCCUUACAUAGAGUGCUGUCUGAAAGAAACCUACUUGUACCUCCAAGAUAAGGAGGACUGCUUUUCACUCGGGCUUGUGCCAUUGGUUAUUAUCAGCAUGAUCAUUUUUGCCAUUUCCUGUGUCUGCUGUGUUGUGGCCUGUUGCUUAAGGAACAAGAAUCAGAAGUGUGAAUCCAACUCCCAUGAGUACAACAGUGAAUACAUGCCCAUGGCAGCAGUGAACGCAGCUAAAAAGCCAAGAAUCUGAGGUAUAAGUUGCUUGUGGCAUGGAAAUUUUGGAAGCAGUUUUCCAGCUGCUUGAACUUGGACAAUGGGAAAUCAGCAUUUCCCCACCUUUCCCAACCUCCCUGAGCUCUCAUGAUGGCCCUGUGCUCAGUCAUGUGACACCCACCAUAGCACUG